AUGUCUUGUUCGUUUGGACUGGGAGCCAGGGAGGGUUGUUGUUUGUGGAAGGGGAGGAGGGGGUCAGUGGUUCCAAAGGACCUACUGGUGCGUUUGGUGGAUUUGGUGGUUCCACAUGGUGAGUUGGUCCUUGCAUGUUCCAAUCCGGGUGUAUCCAAGGGGUUGUUGAUAUGUAUGGAGGAUAGAAGGGAAUCUCCGGAUAGGUAUGCGCCAUCAGAGGUGGCUGGAAUUGUUGGUUGGACAUUGUUAUCGAGUUCAUCAAGCGGAAUUGAGAAGUCAUCCAUAAAUUCUGAUUGUAAAGGUAAUGAUGGAUUUGGAUUUUCAGAAUUUGUAGUGGUGGAAAUUGGCGGUGGAUUUGAUGGAACGGAACUUAUAGGUACUAGGUGCACAAUUGUAAUGAAAGGUCAGAAAUCUCCUAGAAGAAGCCCACAAAUUCGAAUUGUUGAUUCAACCGGCAGUGGUGAAGUAAAUGUCGGUCCAACUUUUAGUUUGGGAAUUUCUGCAAAUCAACCUCCAGAAGAAGCUGGUGGUGAGACUUGUUUCAUCAUUUCAACUGAGCAGCCAGUUCUCUCCGAUGAUCGAGAGAAAAGAACUCAAUCAAAUAGAGGUCCACAUCAUCUUGCGCUCGAGAAAUAUGCUGCGUUUCCACUCUAUUUUCAUUACGAGGAUGUAUCACGUCAGGAUCCAUUGCUCAAACCGAAUCACGUCAACGUUAUGGAAGUUGCCAAAGAAGGUGAUAGCCCUAUAGAUUCGUUCCCAUGGUUCGAUCCUUCCCAAGUCGAUGAAGAUUUAGCUAUUCAAAUUUCUGAUUCUAUUCCAAGAAUUUUGAGGUGGAAAACUGUUGCUGAAAGUCCUUGGCAAAAGCAUAUUGAAAAUGACAUCUUCAUGCCUAUGAAAUGCAAAUUUGAGAAUAUAGUGGCGAGUGAAGAUGAGGUAUCUAAAUUAAGGCUUCCUGAACCUUGUGAUUACCAUUCUGAAAUCUUGAAAUUGGAGCCGAAAAGAUCAAAUCAUAGUCUAGAUAUGUUGACCAGGGAGGUUAUAGAGUUGAGAAAAGAACUUGUAAAGGCGAAUGAAAAUCACAAAGCUCUUGAAGAGAAGAUAGACUUACAAUCUAUUCAAAUGAAAGAAUUUGUGAUGAAUUCCAAUAAAUAAUUAUUGAAGGAUAUUUCUUUGUUGUUUGCUAAGAGAGACAUCAACAGUUCUUUUACUCAAAAAACCAGGGAAUCAUCUAACAAAAAGGCUGGCGAGAUAUUUUCGGGUGGAUUAGACUUCAAUGGAGCAUUUUCUCCUUGUGUUGAUGCAUCAAUACAUGUGUCAAGAGGGCAUGACACUCAAGUUGUAGAAUCAGCUCAGCAUGAAAAAUCUCAAGUGUUUAAAGCUUCCGUUAAAUUUGCUACUGUUGGGAAUUCUGAAAGCAAAAUUGAUGAAGAUGUUGUAGGAAUUGCUAUUGAACAAGUUUUAUUUGAGGUUGUUGUUGAUAUAAAUGGAGAAGAGACUGGUGAUCUUAAUUUAGUUGAGGCGCAACUUAAUAGUAGUGAAGUUAACAAAGGUGAACUAGAUUGUGGUGCGUCUACUAAUGUCGAUGCGACAAAGAAUUGUCAAAAAACUCCUCAAACGCUUGAUGACUUCAUGUUGUGUGCUGAAGAUCUUUCUCAGAUCCGUAAGGCUGAAUCAUCAUAUCUAAGAAAGAAAGCCACUAAAACAGUUGUUGAUGAAAAUAAAAAGAAAGCGACACCGAGGAAGCGUGCAAGGAAAAAAAUUCCAGGAAAGUCAAUUAAAUCUCCUUAUAUACAGCAUUUUGAAUCUGGAGGGACUUUAUGUGUAACACGUCAAAUAUUUGAGAUAAAACAUCCCUUUUCACUUGUAAUCGGAGUAGAUGAUGAAUCUGAUUUGAUAGAUUCAUUCACUUUGUGGCUUUAUACGGGUACAAAAAAGAGGGGAAAGAAACCGUAUUCAGAUGCUGUUAAUGUCCUCAAACCAGCAUUUGAAUUAGGUGUUUGCAAUGUACAAGCAAAAGAAUGGUUUUUUAAAUUGGCACAUUCUGGUCAAGCAUGGAAUGAUGAGCAUCUUGACGUCAUUUUUUAUUAUAUUAGAAAGAAGGACAAGUAUGAAACCAACAAUAAUAUUCGAUUUACAACUAUUGAUUGUCUAUUCAAGACAAAGAUUGCUCAAUCUUAUUUUCAACUUUAUGAAGCUCAUGAAAAUAAGAAGAAAUUUGGAAUCAAAACUUCAGAUGCUAUUGCUGAGUAUAUAUGCGGACGCCAUUUGUUGGCAAGCACCCCAUGGGACAAAGUGGAUUAUGUUCUCUUUUCAGUAAAUAUUAAAGAGGGUUAUCAUUGGAUUUUUGUUGUGUUUGGUAUUAUUGAAAGGUGUUUGAAGGUGUAUGAUUCAUUUCCGGCUAGAGGGGUGAAUUUUCUGACUCAAAACGCUGUUGGCAUGAUUUCAUCGAUUUUACCAUACUACUUGAGUGUGGUCAAGUUCUAUGAUAAGCAUCCUGAAUUGAAGAAAUUACCUAUUUACAAUGGAAAAAAUGAGUUUGAGCUCAUUGAAUGUAAGUUCAUAACUGAAGGGAUUCCAAGACAACAAGAAGAUCCAUUGAACUGUGGAGUUUUUAUGGCUAUAUUUGCAGAGUUAGUGAGCAAUGGCCAGAAUAUUGCAAAUCAGCAACUAAGUGUAGACAGUCUCCGAAAGAGGUUUGGGGCUCUACUAUGGAAAUAUGCAGUGAAGAAGCAAAAGAGUAACCUUCAAAGUGAAGACGAAAGACCACAUAAAUAA